AGAAAGUGAAAGUAAAAUUCAUAUUGCUGGAGCUCAAACAGUCAAAAUGGCUUCACUAACUAUAUCUGCAGAAGAGCUUUCUUGUCCUGUGUGCUGUGAAAUCUUCAAGGAUCCCGUUGUUUUAUCAUGUAGUCACAGUUUCUGUAGAGAGUGUCUUAAGCAGUUCUGGAGAAUCAAGAAAACCCAGGAGUGUCCCGUCUGCAGGAGAAGAUCCUCAAGAGAUAAUUCUCCAUGUAAUCUUGCGUUAAAAAAUCUGUCUGAGUCAUUCCUGAAGAAGAAAAACGAGAGCCAUUCAUCAGGAUCUGAGGAGAUCUGCAGUUUACACAGUGAGAAACUCAAACUCUUCUGUCUGGAGGACAAACAGCCAGUGUGUUUAGUGUGCAGAGAUUCACAACAACAUGACAAUCAUAAAUUCAGACCCAUCAGUGAAGCGGUUUCGUCAUAUAAGGAGGAGCUCAAUUCAGCUCUUAAGUCCUUACAAGAGAAAGUUAAACACAAUGAAAGAAUUAAACAAGAGUUUGAGGAAACAUUUCAGCACAUCAAGUCUCAAGCUAAGCACACAGGGCAUCAGAUUAAACAGCAGUUUGAGAAGCUUCAUCAGUUUCUCAGAGAUCAAGAAGAAGCUUCAAUCACUGCACUGAGGGAGGAAGAGAAGCAGAAGACACAGAUUAUGAAUGAGAAGCUGAAGGAGCUGACCGGACACAUCUCAGCUCUUUCACAAACAAUCAAAGAUAUGGAGGAGAUGAUGAAAGCCAGUGACAUCUGCUUUCUGAAGGAGUUUCCAGUCUCAAUGGAAAGAGCCCAGAUCGCAUCACAGCCAGAUCCACAGACACCUUCUGGAGCUUUGAUUAAUGUGCCACGUUACUUGGGCAACCUGCCCUUCAGAGUCUGGAAGAAGAUGCAGGGCAUCAUCCAGAACACUCCUGUGAUUCUGGAUCCAAACACUGCAGAACCACGUCUCGUCGUGUCUGAUGAUCUGACCAGUGUGAGAAACAGUGCAGUCAAACAACCUGUUCCUGAUAAUCCGGAGAGAUUUAGACAUUAUUUCUGUGUUCUGGGCUCAGAGGGUUUUAACUCCGGUACACACUGCUGGGAUGUAGAGGUCAAAGAAAGUGGAUGCUGGAUUCUUGGAGUAACAACAGCAUCAAACCGGAGGAAGGGAGCUUUUUUCUUUAACAAUGAUGUCUGGUGUGUGAGGUACAGAUGGUCUUUUGAUUGUGGUUUUGGUGUUGAACAGCAGCUUGAAUAUGUGAGAGUGAAUCUGGACUAUGACAGAGGAACAGUGUCGUUCUCUGAUCCUGUAACUAACACACAUCUACACACAUUCACAACCACCUUCACUGACACUGUCUUUCCAUUCUUCUGGUGUCAUUUUUCUUCCUCUCUGAGGAUCUUAGCGAUCAAUAGUCUGUAAUCAUUACUUCUGCAGCUCUGGAUCUUCCUGCUUUCAUCGUGUUUCAACAUUUAAUCACAAGUACAAGACUACUUUCUGAAUAUCAGCAUGGUUGUGAUUGAUAGUUUAACUGUGAUCACUGAUGGAUAUUAAAAGGUGUCAUCCGAUGCUACAUGC